UUCCGGCAGUUUUAGAGUUGGACGUUUUACACGUUAGCGGAAGAAAGAAAACUUUAACUAUAACAUCCCUCAAGGCUCCCUCGUCAUCAAGCUAAUAACAUCUGCCUUUAGAAAUGGAAAACGAGACAGUUCACUGCUCGUUCAUCAUUGAUAGCCCUCUUAGGAGACUCCGUAUGUUUCCCACGAACGUGGCGAUGUUGGUGUUGAAUGGUGUAUUCUGCUUAACAGCCACGGUACAAAACAUGCCCGUUAUCGCUGCCAUUGUCAAGACACCGUCUCUUCACACUCCUUCAAACGUGCUCCUAUGUUCGUUGGCUUUAACUGAUUUAACAGUAGGCUGCGUUGUUCAUCCUGUUUUCGUAGCUUUUAAAGCACGACUUCUGCUGGGCGAGUUCUGGUGCCUCUUGUUGCUUGUCAAAGAAGGCUUGCUCAUAUACACCGGAAUUCUUUCCAUGUUGAUUUUGCUUGCAAUAAGUUUGGAACGCUUGAUCGCUCUCCGUUUGCAUUUGCGAUAUGGAGUCCUCAUCACUAUUCCUCGUGUGUUGGCUGUGGUCAUUGUGACUUUGUUGUCAUGGGGUCUUGUUGUAUGCACUUGGCCAUUAGGUGUUAGCAUCAACGUUGUUUCCUCAAUUAGCGUCGCCAUCAUGGUGGUGGUCGCCGUUGCAUUGGUCGCAGUUUGCGCCGAAAUUUUUCGCAUUUUACGGAGACAUCAGAUGGUGAUUUGGAAUCAAAAUAAACUACAAGCUGAAAUGUUCAGGUCAGCCUCACGAAGAAGGAAAUCUGCAGCCGCCAUUUUAUAUGUUGUCGUUUUGUUUUUUGUCUUUUAUUCCCUGAGCGCUUUUGCUACUAUUCGUUUCAUCUUUACUCAAGAUUUCAACAUAUCCCAAAACAUUUUGUGGGACAUUGCAGAGACCUUGGCUCUCAUGAACGCGAGUGUCAAUCCCAUUUUGUAUUACUGGAAGAUGGGGAACAUUCGCCGCGCAGUGCGAAGCUUGUUCUGUGCCUCAAAUCAAACUCAUUUGGCAGCAAACAAAAGAACUGACUACUCAACAACUUUUAAGACCUUUAGGUUUUAAU